AUGAAUAUCCUUUUGUGGAAUUGUAGGGGUGCCCUGAACGGGGACUUCACGAGAAGGGUUUUUGAAAUGGCAGUCAACCACUUUCCGGCCAUAAUGAUUAUCACUGAAACAAGAGUGGGUGGCGAUAGGGCUACCAAGAUUAUUGAGGGUCUUCCUUUCGAUGGAUUCUUUGUCACUGAAACCAUUGGAUAUGCGGGAGGACUUUGGCUACUCUGGAAAAAAGAGGAGGUAGAGGUGUUUGUCCUGGCUGCCACAAAACAAGAGAUCCAUGCUACUAUUAAGGUAUGCAAUUCUGACUUUACUUGGCUUAUUUCUUCUGUUUAUGCGAGUCCUCGCCUUGCUGAAAGAAAAAUAUUAUGGGCUAAUUUGUCCCAAGUUGCUCUCUUACAUAAUCUUCCCUGGUUACUUCUUGGUGACUUUAAUGAAAUUCUGUGCAGAAAUGAUAAACUAGGGGGUAGGCAAAUCAAUCUUAAUAAAGCAUUAGAAUUUAAAUCCUGUCUGGAUGAUUGUAACUUCCUGGACCUUAGUUUUUCUGGACCAAAGUUCACUUGGUCUAAUCGUCGGCAAAUUUCUGAUCUUAUUUUAGAGCGCAUUGAUAGAUGCUUUGCGAACCCUGCUUGGAGAACUCUAUAUCCCGAAGCCUCGGUGACCCAUUUGCCUAGGGUAUUUUCCGAUCACUGCCCUGUUCUACUAGAGUUAUCUAGACCUCCUCCCACGGCAACUGAUAAACCUUUUAGGUUUCACACCAUGUGGAUGCACCAUCCAGAUUUCCCAAAUGUGGUUAGGAAAACUUGGGAGCCUGGGCUUGACCUUCAUACAGCUAUUAAGAGUUUGCGGUUAAUGCUAAACAGUGGAACAGAUCGGUUUUUGGGAAUAUCUUUGCCCGGAAGAAAAGGGUUUUAG